UUAUUCAAAGAAACAAAAGAGGAAAACAAAGAGGAACAGAGUAAACUGAACAUUUUUUGAGUUAUCUUGUUCAAAUGGAAGUGGCAAUGGAAGUAGAAGAUGAUUUAUUGUUUGCAGAUUUGAGCAAACAAGUCUCUCUUUUAAUAAUGGAUGAUGAUGAACAUGAGCAUCAAAACUCUUCAGUUUGUCGUCCUUCUCAUAACUCUUUUCAGGCCUUUUCACAAGCAAUUUAUCCAGCAACGAGAGCAGGAUAUGUGCAUGAGCAGAAUAUUAGAAGAGAAAUUAGCAAAGGAACUGGAGUAUUUAUCCCUCUUUCUUCACAUCCAAGAAGGAAAAACAGGCAACCGAGACAUUUCUCAUCCAACACCAAGAUCCAAGGACAAACAGAAAGACAACUAAAUCAAGUCCCACCUCAUUAUAAUUCACUAAAUCCUACUAGAUUAUCUUAAAUCAUUUUUAAGAUUCAUCAAGACUUUAUUAUGACUUAAAAUAAUUAAGUUAAUUAACAACUACUAGAAUUUAAUUUUUGGGUGUAUUCAUGCGUUGUACAAAGGGAAUCCUUCUUUUGCACUUUGCAGUAUAUUUUGGAGAGUUACAGCCUAAGGUAUAUAAGUGCCUCUCUUUAAUUAUAGUGGGAUUUAGUUUUAUGAUUGUUUUUAAGGCUUUUGAUAUUGUGUAAUCCUCUCAUGUUUAAUUAGAUGUAAUUCAUUCUAUUGUAUUCUUCCCCACUUUAAUAACUCAUGUAUGUAUCGUGACAAUCGUCUAUUAAAGGGUAUGUUCUAUCAAGAAAAUUUGAAUUUGAUUUUUUA